CAGCGGCGCACCCACAGCCCGAGGGGCGGCGGCGGGCGGCGGCGGCGGGCGGUACUCUUCUACUCAUCAAGAUGGAAAGCUCAGAUUCUGGUGAUAAAGGAAGUAUUGAUCAGUCAGAAGCCCAACGUCAGAGCCAGCUGGAUCGGUUAGACCGAGAGGAAGCUUUCUAUCAGUUUGUGAACAACCUGAGUGAAGAGGACUACAGGCUUAUGAGAGAUAACAAUUUGCUAGGAACACCAGGUGAAAUUACUGAAGAAGAGUUGCUGAGAAGGCUACACCAAGUUAAAGAAGGUCCGCCACAGCAAAACAGUGAUGAGAAUAGAGGUGCAGAGUCCGCAGAAGAUGUUUCAAAUGGAGAUUCUAUAAUAGACUGGCUUAAUUCAGUCCGACAGACUGGAAAUACGACACGGAGCGGGCAGCGAGGAAACCAGUCCUGGAGAGCAGUGAGCCGGACUAACCCAAAUAGCGGCGACUUCAGAUUCAGUUUGGAAAUAAAUGUCAACCGUAAUAAUGGGAGCAUGAAUCCAGAAACUGAGAAUGAGCCAUCUGUAGAGCCUUCCAAUGGGGAGGAUUUGGAAAACAGCCAAAGUGACUCUGAAAUUCCAAGGUCUGAAUCACCAUCUGUAAGGCAGCCUGGAUCAGAAAGGAGCAGUGCGGAGGAGCUGACAGCUGAGGAGGCUUCCCCUCCUAGAGGGCAGAGGAGAGCCAGGAGUAGGAGUCCAGAGCAGCGGCGGACGCGGGCUAGGACUGAUAGAAGUAGGUCACCUAUUAAUGCAGCGAGCGAGGCCCCUCGCAGGUCUCAUCACAACACAUCAUCUCAAACACUUGACCACUCCUCAGCGGGCGAGGCCGAGGGCAGCUCUAGAACCAGGCAGCACGUGACGUUAAGGCAGCACACAGUGGGGACUGAGGUGCCAAGUGAAAAUGCAGUUCUGUUUGCCCCCCCUGAGACGAGGCCCGCUCCUCAAGCAGCGGGUUCUUCAGAAAGCACCGGCGCCAGCGAGUCCACGGCUCCUGGGCAGAGGCCUCCCACCAUAGUGCUGGACCUGCAGGUGAGAAGAGUUCGCCCGGGCGAGUACCGGCAGAGGGACAGCAUCGCCAACAGGACCCGCUCGCGCUCCCAGACCCCCAACAACACGGUCACCUACGAGAGCGAGCGCGGCGGCUUCCGGCGCACCUUCUCCCGCUCGGAGCGCGCCGGCGUGAGAACUUACGUCAGCACCAUCAGGAUCCCCAUCCGCAGGAUCCUGAACACGGGCCUGAGCGAGACCACGUCGGUCGCCAUCCAGACCAUGCUGAGGCAGAUCAUGACGGGCUUCGGGGAGCUCAGCUACUUCAUGUACAGCGAUAACGAUGCAGAUUCCGGCGGGUCGGCUCCCUUUCACAACGUGGAGACUGCCGAGCCGCAGAGCGGAGGCGGGGGCGCCUCGGGCAAUGAGAAUGCAGAUGUCAGCUCGGGGGAGGUGUACGAGGGUGGGCACGAGGCCAGCUCCACAUCUGGCGCCAGGCGGGAAGGCCGCAAUAUGAGGGGAUCGGUCACUUUUGAAGAAAGCGGUUCUCUACCAUUCCUUAGCCUUGCACAGUUUUUCUUACUCAACGAAGAUGACGAUGACCAACCCAGAGGACUCACCAAAGAACAAAUUGACAACCUAGCCAUGAGGAAUUUUGGUGAGAGCGACGCUCUGAAAACCUGCAGCGUGUGCAUCACCGAGUACACGGAGGGCAACAAGCUCCGCAAGCUGCCGUGCUCGCACGAGUACCACGUGCACUGCAUCGACCGCUGGCUGUCCGAGAACUCCACCUGCCCCAUCUGCCGCAGGGCAGUGCUGGCCUCUGGGAACAGGGAGAGCGUGGUCUGAGGCAGAGCUGAGUGAUGGCCAGGCAGCCGGUGUGAUAGUGAUGGGCAAAGAAGUCACUUCCUUUAUGACCACUUUUUGAGUGGUACCUCAGUGUAUAGUAAUGACUCGGAGUGAAUCUUCCCUCAUUGAAAGCAUUUUCUCUGGAUUCAAGAUUUGGGAAUUGGAAAAUUUCUUUAAUUAGAUUUUUCGAGUUCUAGUCGGUUUGGGUGUUCAAUUUCACUUGUCCAAAGACAUCUCCCCACUUCAAAGUAUUUUUUUCUUUGUGAAGAUAUUAAGUUCUUUCUCCUUCCCAGCCCAAUAAACAGUUUUUCCUCAAGAUUGUGCUUCUGAGGAGUUAUUUGAGAAGUUAUCCCAGCUCAGUGUCCAUGAGUCAUAGAGGAGUUUUUGCAAGAAAUCCAACUCUCUGAAAAAAUAAUAUUAAUUUAAUUGCACAUUUGAACAUACUUUUAAUUUUCCUCCUGGGUUAAUAUUGGACAUGUCUGUGUAAAUAACACUAAUGUUAGCCCUUUCCCCAUCACUAUGGCACGCUGUAGGAUGAGCUGUUAGCGUAAUUGGGAUAUUUAUCUUGUUGUGGAAAUAUAAGAAUUGCCUAUGCUUGUUUAAAUAAAGGAAAAAAAAAUCUGUUUUAAAAUUGUAAAGCUUUUUUGUAGAAGCUCAGUACUUUUCCAAUGCACUGUUGUACUAACGCAUUAAGAAUUAAAAUUGUACCAUGCUUAGAAAUCAAGAACGCUUUUCAUACAACCCCCACUACACAGAGAGCAAACUGAACACAAGAGAGCUGCUUUUGUGACUGUGUACCUGUCAAGAGCAGUGCAUAUCUGUACUAUUUAUGUGAACAGCUACUGUAACAUAAAAACAGUUGGAUUAGACAUUUAAUUGCAUUUUAAAAACCGGAAAUUAAAUGUUAUAGUUGCAGUGUUUUGGCUCAGUAAUGCCACCAAAAAAAAAAACGAUGAUAAAAAUUAGAAACUGUUCUAAUGGCUGGUUAUUUCUUGGUAUGGUUGCAAAUAUGGAAUAAUACAAACCUGUGUGUACUGCCUUGUUCACUGAGGUUUGUGCCCAAUUUUUCUAUCAGCUUUUCCUCUCAAUUUUUGAGGCAGUGUUGUAACUUCAUCAAACAAGUAUGGACAGGUUGGUUUUUAGUUCUUCACAAGGUUCAGCUGUACUGGUAACCUCUGGAUGUGUUGAGUGGUCUGGUGUUGGUAGCCUGUGGUGCAGGUGCCUCAGGGAAUAACUGGAAAGCACAUCAUUAGUAUUGGGUUACAUUUGAAAAUGAGUGCACUUAAAUGUGUAGGAGAUUCUUGACACUAACAGUAAAAACCCAACAAGCUCUUUAUAUUCCUAUUGGACAGAAUGAAAAUUAAUUUACUUUUAAAAUUAUGUACAUGACGUGUUGCAGUUGAGAAUUGGAGAAUGUGCCUCAACUCUCAUCGGAGUGUGUGUGGGGAAGCAUCCUUCACCCUCACUGACCCCUUCUUUGUUUUAUUCUCCAAGGUUUUGGGUUUUUCCUGGCUUGCAUGUGCAGUGGGAGAGUGAUUUUUAUUUAUUUCCACUCCAGGGCAGUAGUGCUGAAGGGAUAUGAGCUGCUCUUGCUGGCUGGAUGGGAAAUGUUGCUUGUUCCUCAGAUGACAAAACCAAAGCUGGCCUAUCUCUUUUUUCCUAACUAAAACACAUUUUUGGUGUU